AUGCCAGUACCCGUAACCUCUACCACUGCGAAAUCGAGCUCUUCAACGGCCACAAAGGCACGCGGUCAAAUCCACGGCAAGAAGACAAGAAGCGGGCGAAGGAGAGGCAGGGCUACGGGUGGUUUUGAGAGCGAUGAGGAGAUAGUGAGGGAGAUUGCCACCGAUUCGGACACUGACGAUGAUUCCUCCUCACUGGACUCGGCGUCGGACUCGGAUACAGAACCAGCAUCAGAGGACGUCAUUACAAACGAACCACACAGCUUGACCCCCGACACCUCGCAGGACACAUCGCUCACAAAGGAUGUUUUGGCAGACGUUAGUGGGGCUCAUGGGGCGUUCUUCACAACCCCUGGAAAUUGGUCUGAGAUGGUUGCCGACGAAACCGCACACGGUCCAGCAGAUUUACCAGUGAUUGACUUCGCAGAUUUCGACGCUCAUGCCGUACAGCCCAAGACAACCCGCCCGCGAAAGCCCAAAGCAGCGAAACAAGCUCCCCCGAAGCCCGAACCACAAUCACCGCACAAAGUCGAUGAUGAAGAGCAACCAUCUUCAUCUCAACUACCUCCACGAACUGUUGGUCAAACUGCUAGACAAGCGUACCAGAAGCGCCUAGAAAACGACCCAUCCUUUGUGCCCAAGGUAGGGGAGUUUUGGGGUCACGAUGAUCGUCUUUUGGAUAAAGACCUUCGCAGUCUCAGUGGAUGGUGGAGAGGCCGUUGGCAGGGACGUGGACGAGGCUACGCACCACGAGGUAGAGGCGGGUUCCACACGACAAGACCGCAGCCAGGCGGUCAAACUGUGGACGAUAAUCCUGAUGUCCAAUUAUCUGCCCCCGUUGAGGUCGCGCCCAUCGAGAAGUCAUGGACCCACGAUGGCUACGAGGAAAUGAGGCUGCGGGAAGAACAACGACAGCACAAGCCUACCCCUGUCCGGGGAGGCUUCGGAAAUUCCCGAGGUAGCUUUGUCCCCUCCCGUGGACGCGGUCGGGGUGGAUUUGCGGCUUCACCUUCAGCUCGAUCUCGUAACAUAUCGACCUUCACACCACCUCCUGGUCGACCUUGGUUCGUCAUGAAACCGGAACGUCCUUUUACUAAGCAACAGGAAGGAUUCCUUUAUCUUGAUCCAGCUCUCAAGCCUCGACACAAUCAAGGAUUCGGCAUUCGGGUUAAACUUCCUGGCAGUCACGGUCUCGUCAUCAGGACACCUUUGAACCCAGCCUCAUCUGCCGCUGCGAAACCCGCACGGGUUGCGCCACCUGUGUCUGCCAAUGGCUCUGAGUACGACGCCAAACACCUGGUAGUUCGUUUACCCGCACGACCCGCUCAAGUGGCAACAGCGCCUGAACCUUCUGCUCUAUCACUCGCCGAGCCUCACGACGACAUAGCGUCCAACAUUGCUUCUGCAUCCGUCGCUCCCGCUGAAGCAAGCCAAGAACCUGAGAUCGCAGUCCAGCCUCCUGAAGCCACUGGGGGAUCGAGUUCCGAUUCUGCUGGCUGGAUCCAACCUUUUGAGAUCAACUUAGAUGACAAUGGCAUCCCAUCGCAACCCGACAGACUCGAUCAGCGGCCACCUCUUCACCCGUUGCAAACGACAUUUACGCCUCCUGUGGCUUCACCGCCGUACGGCUCGCCUUACGCCUAUGCACAUACAUUACCACACGGUGUAGCCCUCAAUCAACAUGGUAUGGCGUAUGAGUUGGCAACUGGCCGCCCAGUUUACUUCCAAUCGCCGAUGCCGCCAAUGUACGAUCCCCGACCUGUUAUGCAUCCAACGAUGCCUCCCUUCGUUCCCGGACAUGUACAUCAUCACUCCAUGGAUUCUCCAGAUCCCGCGAACCCACAAUCAUUGUCUCAUCCCCAGCAUCCUCCACCUAUUAACAACUUUAUCGAUCCUGCCACUGGUGCCCCGAUAUUCUCGCUCCCUCGCCAAACUCGAAUAGAGAUUCGCGCUCCGACCGAGCAAGAUGAAGGGAGAGCGAGCUCCAGUAAGCUGACUCGUAGAGUCUCUGGCCUCCGUGGGGCGGCGGCAACAUUUGAGCCGUCUCGUCCCCUACCCAUGUCAUCAUCCUACGGUCAAGAAACAGGCUUUGCGCCAAGUGUUAAUGAUUCGACAAACGGUGAUGUAGCCCCCCACCCGUCCAUGGAUCCCAACAUGAUGGGAUAUUCGACAUACUCUCAACAAUAUUACUACCCCAACUAUAUGUAUCCGCAAUACAUGGACAUGACGCAAAUACCACCUUACGAAUAUUACCCCUCUGAUCCUCGGCUUCAGGGGACGGGGACCGUGUAUUACUAG